AUAUGGGGUCUCACAAUUUUUUUUACAAAUCUGAGCCGUACUUUUUUAGCUCCAAAUAAAUCAAUCCUGCAAAAAAUAGAAUUAAUCAGUUAUCGAUAAGUGUUUCAUUCAGAUCAACGGGAAGAAUUUUAACAAUCCAUUUUUCUCAAAGGAAAAUGUAUGCGAAAUGAACGGUUUGGAUUCACGAAAUAUAUUAUGAAACUUACUCUACUAGAUGGUGUAUCUGAAAGGUUUGUAAGUUGAAUUUCCCUACUAAUUAUUCGCCAUCCCUAUCAUCCUCUUCCCCUUUGCCAAAUAAAUUUGGCAAAAUUCAUUCUCACCUCAAAAGCACCACCUCUCUCUCCCUCACUCAAAAACCCUUAUAUAACACACAAUUCUGUAACUAGAAAGAGAGAGAGAGAGAGAGAGAGAGAGAUUCUUCGCAAUAAAGAAGUGGGGAAAGGAGAAUAUUAUGGAAGGGGGAGGACUGACGAGGUACUGGAAGAGGAGAGGGUACGGGCGGCUGAAUGGCUCCCGUCGCCGGCGCAUGAUCAACCGGGCAAAGCUGGGCAAGGAAGGAGGCGGUUCAGGGCGGAGGAAGCGGUCUUGGGGGAUCAAGAUCGCGCGGAAGCUGCGGUUGAUCCUGUCCCCGAAGAAGCUGCUGAUAAGGCUUCGGGACGCGUACGUGAACUUGAUGCUACGGCUGGAAAACAGCAACAUGAUGAUGAUGAACAUGGGCGGGUUUGGCGGUGAUAACUCAUCCUUUGGUGGUGGGUUCGGAAAGGGCCCACUUAAGGAGUAUGAUGAGAAGACGAUCGUCCAGAUGUACAAGUCAUUGGUCAUGGCGCAGGGACUGCUGGCGCCCUGGGAUCCAACUACUAGCAUCGUUGCCCACGCUGGUAAUCUACGCUGAAAAUAAGUUUACUCUGGUAAUCCCGAUCGGAGUUUUGGAUUGUACGGACAAUCUAAAUAUAAAUCAUAUAUUGGUAUAAUCAAUGAUUUGGACUGCUCGAAGGGUUUGAGCAAAUAUUCAAAAUCCCACAAGAUCAGUGUUUGAAUAAAUUUGAAUUAUUGAUUGUGAUAAUAAACGUCUAGAUUAGAUUGGUCUCAUCCUGUCCAAAUUAAGAACUUGAGAUAAUCCAAUUUCUACUUUAUUGUAUCAUAAGACUUCGACUAAACGAAAGAAACACAAGUUCAUGUA